AUGGCCAUCUUCAAGCUCGCUGCCGGCCUUGUCGGUACCAUCAGCCUCUUCAAAGCUGUCCAGGCCCAGCAAUUCCGCAAUGAGGAUCUCAUCCUUUGUGAUUGUGGAAUUGGAGACAACCCUAACGAGCCGGAAUGGUCCACCUCUCGCCAGCUGAACUGGUACCAGGACAUCAACUGGCCAAGUUCUGCGUACAAGUAUCCUGACGCUCCCGACAUGGCCGUUGAAAUCCCCUUCAAAGAGGGUUGGUAUCCCUGGGUUCCCGCGGGUGCAACUGCCACCAUGCCUAAUGGUGAUGUCUGGACGGCGUAUAUUGAAGAUGGCACUCCGGACGGCUUCAAAGCUGGAAGUGCAGUCACCACCAAAGAGGGUGGUCAAAUCCUCAACUGCUGGGCUUACCGUGGUCGUCCCGUCAGUGCUGCCCUCAACAAAACCGUCAACCACGACGCCAUCUGCUGGAGUGCCUUUGUUUGCAAUCGCGACAACCAUCCGCCUCCUCGCCCUGCGGAUAUGGGCUCCCAGACUUCGACGCUGACCACGUCUUCUGCAGCCCCUUCUACCACCUUCUUUUCUCAGCCACCCCAAACAGUUGUCCCUACUCCGAGCCAUGGUGGCCAGCCCGUGCCAACUUCCACUCCUCACACCGGCCAGCUUGCUAUCUAUUCCACUCUCAGUCCUCGCUUCAUUAACUGGCAAAACACUUGGGGAGCAUUCAUCAACAAUUUUGUCUGGGACCAAACCACUGGCAACUGUGUUGGCGGUCCCAUCAAGGGACAAGGCUACACCAUCAAUGUUGAGUGUGCGGGAGUCAAGGUCGACGAUGAUACUCACAUGACGCUCCUUCUCAUCAAAGCCCUCCGUGACGUCGGCCUCAAGAGCUUGUGGUUUAACCAGAAUCCCGUCAUCCCUGGGAUCAACGGAACCAAUGUUACCGCACCCAGCUGGGUCGUCAUGCCAGAAGCUUUCACCAUCAGAGCCACAGACUUGUCCACCCGCAAGGUUGUCGGCUAUCUGUCAUAUGACACCAAGUACGAUGGCUUCCUCAGUGGCCCAUGCUCGGCAUGCGAAACCGCCCGCUUCAACCCGGACUUCUUCAACCCCAUCAUUUCCGCCGUCCAGGGCAGCUAUCCGGUGUACAACAACUUUACCAUUGAGGCUCAGUGCAGCCCUUGGAUGGCCUGCGCCUAA